UGUCCAACACAUUCUCCAUUGCAAUGACCUUUAAUUCACACAUAACGUCAAUCUAUGGAUAAUUGAAAUAAAAUAAGUACGAUUUGAGAACGAGAUUAGCCAGCCCAAUGUUCAUAUAGCAUCAUCGAAACUAUAAACAACACAGACUACCUCACCAAUGUCAAGCCACAAACUAAUCUGGUGCCAAUAGUUGGAACUGAACCGAGGCCAGUUUUUUGUUUUCUUUUUCCUUUACCUGUGCGCUGCUAGCACUCCCGCCAAAACGAGACUUUUUCCCCCCCAACACAGACAGUGUUUACAAAUUGUUGCCGCUGCGACUUCUUAGCAUCUAGAUCUGGGUCUCGCACUCGAGUCAUUCAUAACAAAAAAAAAUAUAUACCUCAUCAUUUGAAUCAGCUGUCUUAGUGUGUCAGUGAAUAGAGCGGGUUCAAAAGUCAAGUACGUCAAGUUGUGUUCUUUAAGUGUUCCAAGUCUUAUUAUCAAGGGAUUUUACUUUUCUGCUGACAUAGAUACUACAAAGAUACAAGGACAUCUAAACCACCAUGGACUCGCAGCACCAGCUACAUCAUCUCAGAUCUACACAUGCUCAAAUAAUGACUUUGACGAUUUACAUAACAACAUCUUUUUUCAAGAUAUAUCUAUCAGCUCCAUUCAUUCCAUUAGCAUCUGCACAAUCUUAUACCAAUGACCAGUUUGAAAAUACUAAAAACACUCACCUUUUAAACAACAGUUUGAAAAUUCUGACAUUCGGUCUGAAAAACGAGCUGUUUAGUCACAGACUUAACCAUUUGAAAGAAAUUCAUCAUUUAAACAAAGUGUUGACAGAAGAAUUAGCUUUGCUGAAUUCAAUAUGUCAAGAAAAAACUUGCACAAACACUGUCUCCAAUAUGUCUCUAGAGGUUCAAAGAAAAUUAAAUUUGUAUACCAACAGUAUACAAAAUUAUUUAGAACAAGUGGAUUAUUUAAAAGAGAGAAAAGUAAAUAAUCUUAGAGAUUGGAAGAAAAGUCACGACAAAGUGAGACACAAACGCGCGGCCACAGCUUUGAAAGAAAGACUGUGGGAUUAUGGUGUUAUACCCUAUGUCAUAGAGUCAAGAUUUACUCCAAGGCAGAAAAAUAUGAUGCGAUCUGCAAUGGAAACUUGGGAGAAAGACACUUGCAUAAUUUUCAAAGAAAAAGAACCAGAAGAUAAAGACUACAUUGUUUUCACGGUUAGAGCAUGUGGAUGUUGCUCUUAUGUCGGUAAGAAAGGUGACGGUGAACAGACUGUCUCCAUUGGAAAAUACUGUGACAGACACGGAAUAAUUGUACAUGAACUUGGCCAUGCUAUUGGCUUCUGGCACGAGCACACGAGACCGGACAGGGACCAAUAUGUUGAAAUAUUUCUAGACAAUGUUAUAGCUAAUUCAAAGAACAACUUUAACGCCCUGAACAGCUCAGAAAUUAACUCUUUGGGCGAGCCCUAUGACUUUGAAAGCAUAAUGCACUAUGGGAGACUUCAGUUCGCUAAAAACACAUUUCAGGAUACACUUAGGGCAAGAAGACUUCCUGGAAUGACAUUUAGCGCUGACAGCAUAGGUCAGAGAGUCAAACUUAGUCCAGGAGAUAUUCGACAAACAAACCUUUUGUACAAUUGUCCAAGCUGUGGCUCUACCCUUGUUGCGACUACUGGAAGCUUCAAUUUUAGCUCCAAACUUGGACAGCCUGAAGUGUGUCAGUGGCGCAUCAAAGCAGCAUACGGGGAACGUAUCAAAUUAAACAUUACUUCUUUUUCAAUUACAGUUUCUGACAAUUGUGAGAGAAACUAUUUAGAGAUUAGAGACGGACACUACGUGAAAUCUCCAAGCCUUGGUCGUUACUGUGGAAAUAAUGUCCCUGAUGUUAUUCUAUCUUCUGGGAGGAGAAUGUGGAUAGAAUUUAAAAGCAAUGGAGGUCUUGAUGAGUUCUCUGCUGAAUACAUUACACUCUGUGGUGGUGAUAUUAAAAAGGACGAACACUUUAUUAACAGUCAGGGUUACCCUAAUGAAAGAUAUCUCCCAAAUAGCUACUGCGUCUGGAAUAUAACUGUAAAAGAAAACUUCUUUGUCAAUAUCAAGUUUGAAACUCUGGACUUGGAAGCGAGUGAUGACACUGACUGCAAGUACGAUUAUCUCGAAGUGAGAAACGGUCAUGGUGACCUUGCUGUACCUAUCGGGAGAUACUGUGGAGACGAUCACCCCGAAGAGAUCGUAUCGUCUGGAAACAAAGUCUCGCUUGUGUUUGUCAGUGAUUCAGAAAUACAGAAGUUUGGAUUUUCUGUUCAUUACAUUGCAGAAACGGAUGAGUGUGAGACAGACGAGCACGGCUGCGAUCAUGUUUGUAUCAAUACAAUCGGCAGUUUUAGGUGUGAUUGUAGGAUUGGAUACGAGCUUCACUCUAAUGGAAAGACUUGCAAAAAAGAAUGCGGUGGUCAAAUAACAGAAAUGAAAGGCAACAUUACCUCUCCCUCAUUCCCAGACAAUUACCCAGUGAGCAAGGUCUGCACGUGGUACAUAACAGCACCCAAAGACAACAAAAUUAUUUUAAUCUUCACACAUUUUGAUAUUGAAGGCAACGAAGAUCGAUGUUAUUUUGAUUACGUUUCCGUGAAUCUGAUUGGUGAUAAUGAUCCUAGGAAAACUCAAUAUUUUUGUGGAAACAACUUGCCAAAACCAUUACUAUCCAAAGGAAACUCCAUGAAAAUAGAAUUCAAAUCUGAUGCCUUUGAUGUAAAAAGCGGUUUUGUGGCUCUGUUUUCUAUUGAUCGGAAUGAAUGCGAAGAAAGAAAUGGAGGUUGCAGCCAUAUUUGUAAAAACACUAUUGGUAGCUAUCAAUGUUUCUGUAGGGAUGGCUAUAUACUUCAAAGUGACCAGCACUCAUGCGUUGCGGGAUGCCAUAGAAUAAUCAGCUCUUCAAAAGGAAACAUUACGAGUCCCAACUUUCCAAAUCCUUAUCCGAGAAGACUGGAAUGCGAAUGGCACUUUUCCACAAUUUUGGGGCAUAGAAUAAUGCUGAGUUUUAAAGAGUUUGACGUUGAGCCCCACCUCGAGUGUGACUAUGACAAUGUUGUCGUCUUUGACGGUGACAGCAAAAAUUCUGCAACCCUUGGCAAAUAUUGCGGUUCGACUUUCCCGGAACAAAUAAUUUCUUCGGGGACAACCAUGUUGCUUCAGUUUAACACAGACAACUCUGGGCAGAGGAAAGGUUUCAGGGCGGAACAUGAAACUAUAUGUGGUGCCAUUCUGGAAGCAACAUUCGAAAAACAGACUUUACUCUCGCAUCCAGAGUUCAGUAAACAAAAUUACGGUUUUUGGCAAGAUUGUCCCUGGCUCUUCGAAGCUCCCGACGGGUUUAAAGUUGAACUAGAAUUUGAUUAUUUCCAUUUAGAAGCUUCUGGAGAGUGUCAGUAUGACUCUGUUGCAGUAUACGAUGGUGACAGUGACACUGCUCCAAGUUUGGGAGUUUUUUGUGGCAAGUCAGUGCCUCCGAAGAUCAUGUCCUCAAAAAAUGUUUUAUUUCUUCAUUUUCUAACAGACAAUACCGUAAGUAGAAAAGGUUUUCAGCUCAACUUUCGUUGUAUAGCUCGAGUCUCGAAAAAAACAGAUUAUGUCGAUUAAAACCAAUGGAAUGCUUUGCAUUAUUGGCUUCGCUCUUCGGAUAAAUGGAUCCCACAUUGCUAAUUCCAAAAUAUUAAAAUAUUCUUCCACUUUAUUGCAAAACAUGAGAUACAGAUCCAUCUGGAAACAAUCUAUAGAAUCUUGACUGUAAUUUUUGUAUUAUGAUCAUCAAUUAUUUUCAUCAAUAGUUGCUUAAAAUGUGUACUUAAAAUAUAUACUUAAUAAUAACUUCAGUUUAUUAUCUUCUAAAAUUGUAAGCUUGUGUUCAUAUUUAAAAAAAAUGUUGUGUAGGUUAUAAUAUGUUUCAUAUGGGUCAGUAGAGUCUGUGUUGAUCAGAAGAUUGCUUGAAUGUUUCUGUGCGCGUAGGCUUACACUGGUUGAGUUCUUUUUAACAGACUUACAAAGGCAUACACAAGAUUAAACUAACUGACUAAUAGAAUAAAUUAAAUCAUCGAUCAAUUACGAUUAAUUGAUUCAGAGCAAAGACGGUCAAGUUUCAGUCAUUAUAACGAUGAAUAUGUGAAAGUUUUGAAAAUUAAUAAAUAAUUGGAUAGGAUUUUUGUGAUUGAAUAUGUGAAAGUUGUGAUAAUUAAUAAAUAAUUAGAUAGGAUUCUUGUGAUUGAAUAUGUGAAAGUUGUGAUAAUUAAUAAAUAAUUAGAUAGGAUUCUUGUGAUUGAAUAUGUGAAAGUUGUGAUAAUUAAUAAAUUAUUGGAUAGGAUUCUUGUAUUUCUUAGUACAUGUUAUGGAGGAGGUAGAAUUUCAAAUUGUUACUAGAUCUAUUAUAUUUGGUAAACGGACUGAUGAACAUUCGAUACACAUUGAGCUUGUCGAACGUGGGGCGAUGCUUCGUACGAGGUAUAGUGUGAGUGUGGAAUGGUGCGAAUACGUGUUGAAAGAGGAAGACAGAAAAAGAGAUUAGAAAAAUGCAGUAAUGUAAACGAGAUUAUUAUUGACUUAUAAUUAUUUGGUAAACUAAAAUACAAGUUGUCAUUAUCUAAUAUUGAUGGGUCUGGUUGGUGUAUGAUUAAGGUUUAGUAACAGACGUUACUAAAACCUUGCCUCAACUGUAAAUAAAUCUCUUGUAAGGCACUGAGGAGGUAAUCUAUAUCUAAGCUACACUCUCGCUUUGAACUCACUAUGUAUGUAUGUAUGUAUGUAAGUACGUAUGUAUUUAUGUAUGUAUGUAUGUAUGUAUGUAUGUAUGUAUGUAUGUAUGUCCCGAAUAGAAAUCAAAACCGUUUGACCAAUCUUGAUAAAACUUGGCAUAAAUGUUCCCCCCCCCCCAAAAAAAAAAAAAAAAAAAAAAAAAAACGACAUAACACUCUAAAAAAAUGCCCAACUCUAUGAAAGUGUUACUUUUUUAUGGAUCUAGUUCUUUGUUAUUAUAAUGUCAAGGAUAUUUUUUUAUAGAAGUCUAUACAUGAUCAAGUUAUGGAUUGUCGUUUAUAAGGGUCCAAAUGUAUUUCUUAUGUCAUUGUUGCUUAGGGGGCGUGGUGGUGACUGGCUUACGAGUAAGGGGGCUCUCGGAUAUGGAUCUCGAUGAGGACUGGGACUUUGAAAUUCGGGAUUCUUAGGACGCCAUUGAGUCUACCCAAAUCUAAUAGGUACCGGACAUUAGUUGAGGAAAGUAAAGGUCGUUGUGCAAUUCGCACCCUAGAAACUGAUGACCUAUACAUUACCUGCCCAAUAGAUCUCAAGGUCUGGAAGCGCUUCUUUACUGUUGAUUGUUUUAUGUCAUAUAAGAAAGCUUUAUUCAUAAACAAAUAUUUGAUUAAAUUAUAGAAAUGUGUUUACUUGAUAAUUGUAUGAAAACAUCUUAGUUACUUUAGGUCUCAAUGAAGUGUUAGGCUGCUCAUCUGAUAAUAAUGCUGAGAUUUUUGUCUUCAAUUGUUAGAAGUGUAUUCCUGUGAUGUCGGAAUUUCAGAGUCACAGUUUAUCAUUCUAAAAUAAUGUUUUACUAACGUAAAUGUUUCAGAUUGAUCUAUGAGUAGGUCAUGAGUUGAAAGCCUGAAUUUGGAAUAAGGAAAGAAUGAAUGGCACUACAAACACACUAUUUUGGGUGUGGUGCCUUUUCUUUUGAUAUGUCUUAUUAAUUAAUAUUAUAGCAAAGAAGUUAAGAAAGAUAUAAAAAAAAUAUCGUCAUUCAUACAAUCCUUUUAUCAUGGAUAAAUAUUCAUAAUUACCGUUACAUUUUGUUUUUGUAUUGACUUGGUUAGUGAUACUUAUAAUAUAUAGUUGAAACUCUGUUUAACAAGGCAAUGAUUUGUUGAUUUGUUUUUAUUUUUCUAUUUACUUAAGUUGAUUUUAUGUUUUGAAAUAAUUAUAAGGUUUUAUUUAUAGUUGUAUUUUAUUGAUUCGGAUUAAUUUACUUUAAUAAAUACCUGAUCCCAUUUAA